AAAGACUAUGUCUUAAAAUACUGUGAUCUAUGGACACUCUAAGUAUUGACAGGUUGCCUCCUGCGAAAAAACAAUCUGGACUCGUAUGAAAAAUCUUUAUUUAGAAAGUUAUUUUUUAUAUUUUUACAAAAACUUUCUUUGUCUUCAAAGUUGCGCUAAUGAUGAGAAAUAAAUGACAUCCUGAACCAGCACUAAAAACUUGUAAUUGUUGUUAUUGAGAUAAGUAUAGUAAUUAAAUUUUGAGAUUUAUGUAAAAUGUUUAAAACAUAAACUGAACUAGCCAAAACACAUUUUUACCCUAUAUGCUUUGUCGAAACUGUUGAAUACAAUACUACACUAAGAGCUAGUUCAUGAUGUCAUGCAUAAUUAGUGGAACUUCUAGGUCGAAUUAAUAGACAACCUUUUAGUUCUUUCAUAUAAAAAUUAACUUGUUUUUGUUGCGGGAAGUAAGUUUUAGAAGUAGAAUUGGUAUUUGCUAUGUUCGCUACAAUCUCGUCUCUAGAAAGGAAAAAAGAAGCGCUGGGAACGAGAUCGAUGUUCGCUAUUCCUUUAUUUACAUGUAAAACAUACAAUAUAGCUUUUCUCCUAAUUUGAGUAACGUUUUAGGGCGUAUAGAAUACAGUUUGAAUCGUUAAAGCUUGGUCAUCUAAAAGAACAAGAUUUGAAAAAGAUGAGAAAUGAUGUCAAUGAAUGGCGGCACAAGAUUAACAUGAGUGGGGCGCGGCCACCAUUGUGGUUCGAGCUGCUGCAACAAGAACGAGAAAACUGUCAACUUCAAGAUGAUGACCAAACAACUGAAAAGUUAAAACAUUUGACAAAAUACAAUGACUUGAAAUAUUCUCCAUGCAUUCACGCGAAAUUAUGUCUGUUGGUGUAUUCUCUCCCUUUGUACGAGUUAUGCGCCCUUCACAUGCUAGAUGCUGUCAAGUUUUUCGUCUGUCACAUAUUGGAACUACCAGAAGGAUGCCACAACGAAUGGCUUGAGGAAAGAAAACUUUUAAGAAGAAUCUAAGUAAACACAA